AUAAAAUUAUGUAAGAUAUGUCAGGUUGAUGUAGCUAGCUAGAUAUUCAGUCAAGAUGGCUUGAAAAAUACGCCCCUUUGGGGGAAAAAAAACUAGCACAGCCAAUUGUGCGUCCUAUUUUUGCCGCGUACACAGCGCGCAUUCGAUUAUGAUUGGCCGACACAGAAACCCCAUUGCAUCGAGUUGCAACGGGAGCACAUAUUAGCGCAAAUCGUUGAGAAAAACUCAUCGACAUUUCUUGCGCGCCUUAACUUCAUUAUCGACGCACAACAGUAUUUCACACCUGUUACGUCCAGUACAGUGUUGCUUAGAAGUUGUAUUCCUUUUGAUACGUUGGUUACGGUAAAAAAAAAAUGGUGAACCAGGUGCAUAAUGUAGGCUGUGCCUGUAUGCAUAAUCUUUUUCUGCAUAGUUACUGAACUUGUCACAAUUUAUAGCAGAUACAAAAAAAUUGAUUUUGAUUAAUGAAGGGGCCACAUAUAUGCAGCCAAGAUUUAGACAUGUAAGAGGAAUAGCGCCAUGCAGGUGAACUAGCCAGGUCCGGGGUGGCAGGGUAUCCUAGUGGUUAGAGUGUUCGACUAGUAACCGGAAGGUUGCAAGUUCAAACCCCUGAGCUGACAACCUACAAAUUUGUCGGUCUGCCCCUGAACAGGCAGUUAAUCCACUGUUCCUAGGCCGUCAUUGAAAAUAAGAAUUUGUUCUUAACUGACUUGCCUAGUUAAAUGAAGGUAAAAAAUAAAAAAAACUAGCCAACUCUCUUUGCUGUUUACACUACACACAUUCCCACCCCCUUUCUUUGUCAAUGUUUUUUUUUUAAACCUUUUCUUUAUUAUUUGUUCAGGAACCUUGCUCUGUAAACAGGUGUGAACCUGAGACUGACUUCAAACCAUUCACAAUGAAUUUGGCAGAUUAUAAGAUUUUUCUCAAUUAUAACAGCCUGUGAUACAGGCUUGGAUAUGGGUGAUUCUGUGUUUGAAUCUUCCAAACAUAUUAUUAAGUGACACAUUCACAGGGGACAAACUCUUUGUCUGUCCCCCACCCCCCUUUAAAAUCUCAUUCUCCACCCACAAAAAAGUCCAUUGGCUGUUUUAGCAACUAUGUUGUGUUGGGAUGAAUAUUUAUCAUCCUCAUUUUCCCUAGUUCAUCAGGAUCAGUUUAUAGUUGGAAGGUUCAACACAGCAGACUCAAUUUACAGCUAACAAUCCUGUCAGGAUCAAAGGUGAAACCAUGAGGGUGCUGGAGGGUGUUGUAGUGUGCACCGUGGUGCUUCUACUGUCCCUAGGGAGCUGUGCUGCAGUGCGACCAGACUUGACAAUCACUACAAUAAAGCAAGAUCCAUACACCAUGUCCAAAGGCUCUCAGCUGGAAGGGUACUGCAUGGACCUGCUGUCUGAACUGGCCAAGAAACUGAGCUUCAAAUACAACGUGCACCUGGUGAAAGAUGGGUCCUAUGGCAGGCAGGAUGAGAGUGGGGCCUGGAACGGGAUGAUCGGUGAGGUGGUGAGAGGGGAGGCAGACCUGGCGAUUGCUCCUCUUACCCUUACUGCUGCCCGGGAGAAGGCUGUGGGGAUGACCAAACCCUUCAUGCAGACAGGCAUCAGUAUUCUCCUGAGGAAAGACAUCUCAGAAGAGGCUGGCUUCUUUGACUUCCUUACCCCCUUCUCAGUAGACACCUGGGUGGGGAUCCUCGCUGCGUACCUGGGGACUGCUGUCUGCUUCUGUGUAGUAGCCAGACUCAGCCCAUGUGAGUGGAGUCAACCCCAGACUGAGAAAAACAGCUUCACUCUCAGCCACAGUCUGUGGUACACCGCUGGAGCCCUCACUUUACAGGGUACCGGUCCACACCCCAAAGCUUUAUCAGGACGCAUUAUCUGCUGCACCUGGUGGUUGUUUGGUCUGGUCCUCUUGGCCUGCUAUUUCUCCAACCUCAGCACCUCUCAGGGCUCAGACUCCAAUUCACUGAUGGUGAAAGGGUUUGAGGACCUGGCCAACCAGCAAGGGAUUGAGUAUGGGACCCUGUCUGGCUCCUCUACACUUGCCUACUUCAAGAACUCUAAUAACCCAACUUACCGCAAGAUCUAUGAGCACAUGGAAAGAACCAAGAGUUUUGUGUCGUCAAUGGAUGAGGGUGUUCGCCGGGCAAAGGAGGGCAACUUUGCCUUCAUUGGAGAGUCUGUGUCACUGGACUUGGCGGUGGCACGUCACUGUGAGCUGAUCCGUGUCCAUGAGGUCAUCGGCAUGAGAGGGUACAGCAUUGCAGGCACCCUGGGUUCUCCCGUGCUGAAGAACCUGAGCGUGGCCAUCCUGCAACUGAGUGAGGCAGGGGAGUUGUCCUACCUGCGCAGUAAGUGGUGGGCCAGCAGCUGCAUGGCAGACCCAGCCAAGGCCUCCUCCCUGCAGCCCCACAGCCUGAAGGGCAUGUUUCUGGUGCUGGCCCUGGGCCUGGGACUGGGGGUGCUGCUGGCUGUCCUGGAGCUCACCGCCAAGUCCCGGAACGGUGCUGGGGAGCAGAGGAAAUCAUGUUGCACAGUGUUGUCUGAAGAACUGAGUCAGCGUUUCAGGGGCACCACCACCAAUGAGAAGAGAAGUGAGGAAACAGACAAAGAAAAAGCAUGAGGAGACAUGAUAGUAUACGAUAAUAUAUACAGCCUGAAAAAGCAAAUGUCUCCAUGCAGGUCUUGACAUGAGUCAUGGCUUGUAUACUUAUUUUCAAUACUAUCUACCACAGUGAGACAGAGUGUAUCAGAAAGGCUUCCAGACUGUUAUAUGAUAUGUUUAUUAACAGAGUGAUACAUAAACAGUGAAGUCAAUUAACAAUACUACUGAAGUACUAUGUUUAAAAACAAUUAUAUGAUAGCAGAGCAUUUUACUGAGAAAAUCAACAUGUAUAUUUACUGUUACAAAACAAGUCAUGUGUACUGAUUUAUACAUAUUUAAGGGGUGUGCAAAAAUAGAAAUUAAACAUGAAGAUCCAAGUCAAGUCAUCUGUAAAUUAUGAAAAAUUAUCAGUUUCAAAGAGUUUACAUUUCAGUACUUUUGUUCGGAACAAAUACUGAGAACAGAUUACUGCUAUUAAUUGUAUGAUGCAAUACAUUUGUUUCAAAGUAGAUUAUUAAUUUACAUAUUGUAGAUACUAAGUAAACCUAACUGUUUUUUAAAAGUAGAUUAUUAAUUUACAUAUUGUAGAUACUAAGUAAACCUAACUGUUUUUGUACAAUUGGCAGCACACAUUAUGCGCAUUCCUUUCGAAACUAUAAAACUGUUAUCUACAUUUUUUUGGUUAUUAUAGAACUCAACAUAUAUUAAAAAAAAGCAUUGUCAUAGAAUGAUGUUGAUGUAAAAGUUACGGCACACCUUUCAAUAAAACCAGUCUAAUAAUGAAUAUAUGUUCCAUAUAUAUGUUUCAAUCAGAACUAUUUACCACUUGGUAAUACAUUCUAUUUACAAUACAUGCAUCUUGAUGCAAAAAUCAAAAUACACACGUCAAAAAGUAGGUGAUUACAUUAUACUAAUAAACUUGUUUGGGCUCCUGUAGUGAUCCUGCGUGUGUACCUGACAGUACAGAUCACAGUGGUACAUUUUGUACAAGCACCGAGAAUCUAGAUAUAAGCAAGGUAAUGCUAUAUGUUUAGAGUGUAUUUCAUAUUCCUAUGUUUAAUCCAAUGCUGCUCACUGCUGUGAUUCUUGUAAUGGCUGACUACUAUCACAUGGAGUAAAUAAACACA